AGGAACUAAAAGAGAAACUUAAUAUUACUAGCAAACAACUACACAAAAAUUCUCCUGAUUUUAACCAAACAAUUAACAAAAUCAAAAAAGCCAAUAAUUAUCUUCAAAAAAAUGAACUCGACUUGAUGCUACCUCUCAUCAAAAAUCAAUUUUUAAACACCAACAUCAAACUACUUAAACAUCAUUUCUUCUUUGAAAAACUCCCACCAGCUUUUGUUAUCGAAAAAGAGUCACCUGACCCAGAACUGAUCCUUCUUCUAUACCUAUUUUAA